GUACACACCUCUAUCAUUCAUAUCGUUACCACAUUCAUUUCUUGAUAAUUUUGCAGCAUGUAAAGAAGAAGAAAGCCUAAAUUCUAUCAGUGAUCUAAGCUUGUACAUAGGUGCAUAUAUACAUGGAUCCUGACAUCAUAACUCAAGCCUCAGAUGGGAUAAAUGAAAAACUGAACGAAGUCACCGGUGCACAACCGGAGUGCACAAUCUACAGAGUUCACAGACACUUACGCAACGUGAACCCGAAGGCCUACGAGCCCGAGGUGAUCGCCAUCGGCCCUUAUCACCGCCAUAAUAAUAAUAACGAGCAUCUAAAGAUGAUGGAAGGCCACAAGCUGCGUUACCUGAAGCAGCUGCUUAACGCAAAGAAUCCACCCAAUGAUGUCGGAAGAUAUGUAACGGCUCUAGGCAGAUUGGAAGCAGAGGCAAGAAGAUGCUACGCAGAUUUGCCUGAAACCCUAACCCCGGCCGAGUUCAUACAAAUGCUUGUGCUAGAUGGUUGCUUCAUCGUCCAACUAGUUCGCAAGUUUAAAUGUAUGAUGUUGAGGGAGAAGAAUGAUCCCAUCUUCCAAAUGAACUGGAUGAUCAACAGCCUGCAGCGUGAUCUCAUGCUCUUUGAGAAUCAAUUGCCGUUCUUCGUCUUGUGCGAGCUCUACGACCUCAUCGAGAAACCUAACCAGCAUUCUAGGUUUUGGUACCUUCUCUUCAACUUCUUCACCAGUCUCUAUCCUGGACAGGGCAGCAAGCAAAUGCCGAUCGUAGAUCCUCGCCAGGUGAAGCAUUUGCUCGACUUCCUCCAUCAGAGCUGGCUUCCACCUCCCCAAUGCUCUGGCGGAGGAAGCAGUCACGAGGUAAUAACACUAGGAACGAGGUUGCGGUUCAUCAGCAGUGCGACGAGGCUUAAGGAGGCUAACGUCAAGUUUGACAACAGAUCAAACGGCAACACGUUGUUCGACGUCAGGUUCGAAAAAGGGUCGAUGAUAAUGGCACCACUAACCAUCGAAGACAGGACAGAGUCGUUCCUGCGGAACCUCAUCGCGUACGAGCAAUAUUAUGAGCAUAAUCAAAACAACUUCGUGAUUAUGUCAAGUUCCUUGACUGCAUCGUUGAUUCCUCCGCGGAUGUGGAGAUACUGUCGCGAAGAGGGAUCAUCGACAACUGGCUAGGGGACGAAGGUAAGGUCGCGGAGAUGGUGAACAAGCUGGGUGACUCGGUGGCUGGUCCGGGGAAUGGCUUCGUGUAUGCGAAGAUGUUUGAGGAUGUGCAUAAGCAUUGCAGAAAGCGCAAGAAUAAUUGGAUGGCUAAGUUGAGACGUUGUUUGAAGGAUGUUGGAAGUCGAUUCUCUCUCAGGCACAAGUGGAGAUGCUCAAGGAUUAAGGCAAGGGUUGGUAUGGUGAAUAGUUUUCUUAAUUGAAGUGAAAAUCAUGUGUUGAUUGUUAAUUAUGUGAAUUGUAUUUUAUUUGAUGAUAGACUUGAGAAAUAUUGCUUGGUAAAUUGCUAAAUCGAUUUAAUGGUUCUUGGGUGACAAAUUUCAAGUCAA